CAAACCUAAACCCAAACCAACCGAUUCCCUCUCUCCAUCUGCGUGCUCUUUCUCGUUACACUUCGUUUGUCUUCAUAUCUUGCCACUUGUAUCUAUCGUGUCGGCCGUCGAAGUCUGGAGGGAUAGACGCGCCUGACUGCACUGACAGCUUUUACCUCCAGCAGUGACUUCCGGCAAUGUCUUUGGUAAGUCGACAGCAUGUUUCUUUUUCCCCCACCCACCGCUCGCUCGUCGUGGGCUGCGUCCUACGCUGCACAUGCUAGCUCUCCGCCGACCGCCAACUUGACCAAAUGCAUGCCGAACGUCUACCACCACCACAUAACCUGCCUCUAAAUCCCCUCAGUCGCUCUGGAAGACUGUGUUACCUCUUGCCUGCCCCUCGAUACGAAUUGCUGAAGCCUGUCCACCGCAAUCACCUCGUUGCGGACCUGUGCACCCACAAGGAGACACUGCAGAAUCAGGCUGGGCAGUGUCAGGCAGAGACCGCCGCAUCUGCGAUAGGGGCUUGGUUGGAUUGUUUCCACCUAGAUAUCGGCUAACAAUCUCUAUCGCAGACAUCCUACGCCAAAGGUUGAGAUGGGCUCGCUGGUGAUCAGCCAAGUGGCGCCGGGACUCGGUCAGCAUCCCUAUCACCACAUGAUGGUGGACACCAAUCCUCAUCACGAAGAUUCCUCCAGAGGAUACAGCGCCUCCUCUGACCAGACGCCUGUAAUCCACGAGCCUUCUAAAGAUUCGUCGACCCCAGGGUCACAGCACGACGAUCAUGAGCCAGGCAGCGCUCACUCAUCCUCUCCCCAUCAUCAACACUCCUCAUACUAUCCUCAAAAUGUGAACCAACACUCGCGUGGAUUUGACCAAUCCGGCUUCCCUCUGACCAGCGACCCGCGGGUCGUGGUCGCCAAUUCUCCUCCCUCUCCCCGAUUGCAACCCACGUAUCGCUCGACUAGGUCAUUAGGCGCGUCAGAAGCCAGUUCCCCCAGUCGGAUAAAAGUGAGAGACUUGUCACAUAUUCGCAGUCUUGCGAGUGAAGAAUAUUUGAACCGUCCGCGACUGUCAGGACGCUCCUCCAGCUCCUUUUCGGAUACGGGGAGGCAAUAUGAAAUCAGUGCCAUGCCUGUUACAGACAUUAUCGAAAUGGUCGCAGGCCUUCUUACCAAGAUCACCACCACCAAUGACCGGCAACACGAGCAUCAUCGCCCGAUUCCGCUCACGGAGGAACAGAGUCAUCUGAACCCGCACGCCUCCUGUGUCCUGGCUUUUCAUGGCAAGAAUGUCCCAGGAAUAACGAUCCUAAGUUAUCUGAGUCGGAUACAUAAGUAUUGUCCGACUACAUACGAAGUUUUCCUGAGUCUGCUUGUCUACUUUGAUCGUAUGACCGAGAUGGUCAAUCGCGGGCUUUUGGGGAACGUUAACCGGCGACCUGAUGAUUCACCCGCUACAGCACCAGAGUCAUCUACGCCCACUCCGCGUUCUCCGGCCCCCAUGAACGUGGACAGCCCUCAAGAGCACCACGACAUCAGCACGCCGCCCUCUCCAGCGGAGGCACGCCAACAGUCUCAGCCCCAGCAUCCCUCCUCUCCACAAUCAUCCAGCGUUCCGACCGAUUUGUCGCAAUUCUUUGUGGUUGAUAGCUACAACAUUCAUCGCCUUGUAAUUGCUGGUGUCACUUGCGCCAGUAAAUUCUUCUCUGAUGUCUUUUACACGAAUUCUAGAUACGCAAAGGUGGGAGGCCUUCCUCUAGCAGAACUGAACAAUCUUGAACUCCAAUUCCUCCUUCUCAACGACUUCAGACUUUCGGUGCCGGUGGAGGAACUCGAGGCCUAUGGCACCAUGCUGGUCGAGUUUUACGCCCGGGAAUUACUCGCUCAGCAACAGCUCGCUCAGCAGCAGCAUCAAGGAGGCCCAGCUGUACCGUCUCCUCCUUCCGCUGGGGCGGGAGAUGGGAUGUACAUGCGCUCUUCCGCGCCCGAAGCUGGAUCAUCGUCGACGCAGGAGUAGUCGUGGGCCUCCCACGUGGAUGCGGACAUUUUACUUGGGGGAAUGAGACAAAGCUUUGUUGAUGAAACCAACAGGAAAGAUAUUCCAGACAACGGCCCGUCUGUGUUUGUGUUUACGUUUACAAGAUUGCCGAGUCAUGAACGGAGUCAAUACCUAUUAGACCAGAUCUUUUGUGAGAGUGUUUUACUUAUGUGUCUGUGCAGGAGAAUGUUAGCAUUCUUGAGCUCAGGAUCCGGCUGAGGGGACACAUGGGCGUUGGCGAGUGGUGAGGCAUUUUCAUUCUUUCGCUGCGUUACGUCGAAACGACCGAGACGAGAUACUCAGGCUAGAUGUUCGAAUCGAGGUCGUAGAAACAAUCGAUCUGAUGAGACAAG